GACAUGUCCCUCUUCGGGUGGCACUUCAUUUGUGCACGGUGUCUCCUCCUCCAAUUAUUGCUCCUCCCCUCUUUCCCCAAAUUAGGAGACACACACCCACUUGCAGUAGAGAGAGAAAGAGAAGGAGAAAGAGAAAGAGAAAGCCUUUGAGGACAGUUGCGACUGACUGUACUUGAAGCAAAGGAGGUUCCCAAGGAGCAAGCAUGGAAAAUGGCGGGAGCUACCCCGAUUACCACACGUACUCGCCCAACCCCCAAGCGCAGAACGGUCACUUCCCCGCCCACCUCCCCCACUGGGACACCGCUGACCUUAGCUCCGUCGGUCGCCACCCUCAGCCCGUGCUCCGCCCUCUCUACGCCGGGGGCGGAGGAGGAGGAGGAGAGCUAGGCGCGCCGCCCGUGCGGGCCGACCAGCACCUCACGUGCCUGCAGCUGGGCAAGAGGCGCUACUUCGAAAGCGAUGGAGCAGGGGGCGACAGGAGGUGCAAGACCCACCACGGGGGAGCGACGGCGGUGCCUAGGUGCCAAGUGGAGGGGUGCCAUGUGGCGCUGGGAGACGCCAAGGAGUACCAUAGGCGGCACAAGGUGUGCGAGUCGCACUCCAAAGCUCCCGCGGUGGUGGUGCUCGGCCUGGAGCAGCGCUUCUGCCAACAGUGCAGUCGGUUCCACCAGGUGUCGGAGUUUGACGAUGCCAAGAGGAGUUGCCGGAGGAGAUUGGCCGGGCACAACGAGCGCCGGAGAAAGAGCUCUCACGAUUCUCUUCCCACCAACACAUCUCAGGGAUGUGCUCUCUCUCUUCUGUCAUCGAGAACGGAUCCGUGGGUCUCUCCAUCCGAGCUCUCCUCAAGAUCCAGUGCUGCGCUGCGCGAGCUCAUUGCUGAACACCGGGCAACCAUCUUGGCGAGGCAGCUCAUCUUGGAUCGGGACUGGCACUUGUACUAUGCUGGAGGGGACCUCGGUGAGGCUCAAAAUGGCGGCUCCGCUUCAUUUUUCCCCAGCGGGCACCAAAUGUUGCCUGAACCACGCUGCUGGGACAGGUUCCAGGAGGAACCAGGCACGCAGGUCACUCUAGAUCUCAUGCAAGCGCCGAGCUCCGCGUUCGGUUUGCUGUCCAUGAGGGAAAAGGCUAAGGAUGAGGAAGAGUGUUCAGAUAUAUGGAACUCUUUUGAGAGUACCCAUGUCGUUUAA